AUGAUUCGCCUCAUCUUCACAACAACGGCAAUAAUAACCAGCUCCUCGGCAAUCUACUUCUACAUCUUCCAUGAGCGCCUAUCACAACGCAUAGCGCACAAAUCGCACCUUGGAACCCUCUCCACGGUUACCAAACCACCAAAUAUAGAAUCAAUCCCCAAAACCGUGUUCAACGAUGAGGACUUUACGCUCUACGACUACGCCUCAAAGUCUGUGCCACGGGCCUGCCUGCCCGGAAACGAGACCACAGACGUGCUCUUCACGAGACUCGUGCGCCGCAACAUGAGGGCAUUCUCGCGGUUCCCGCAGGCGCUUAUGCUUGCCAUGGCCAGUAAGACGCCGGAGCAGAAGCAGAGUUUUAAGGCGGGGUAUCUUGCCGCAUUGGACUUUGAGGUUGGGGAUUUGGUUUGUGGGGUUUAUCGCGUUGUGGUGCGGAAGAGGAACCGGGUUGAGUUUGAGAUUGCGAUGGAGGCGGUGGAUUUUGUGCAGGGGAGGUUGGCGAUUAGUUAUGAGGAAAAUAGUAGUCUGGAGGGGGAGGGGGAGGUUGUGUUUUGUAGUGAGACAGUUAUGUGGAAGAGAGCGGAUGAGGUGAGGAAGAUGCCGUUGGAGAGGCCUGUUUUGAAGUGGAUGCAUGAGACAGCUGCUUGGUGGUUGAUGGACUCUGGGGUUAGGUAUUUGACGGAUUUGGAGAGUUGA